GCAGCGACAAGGAUGAGGACAACACAAACACUAUUUGUGCUGCAUCUCCUGAGCCUGGGUGCCUGUGGUCCGUAUUACUACAGGCCGCAGGCAGGACGGAGCGGCGAGGAGUACAGAUACCACGUCCGAGGGGAUCAAGCGUUGCUGGGCCACAUCCAGUACCUGGAGAGGUCGGGCCCGCGGGCGGUGCGCGCCCACACCGGGGCGAACGUGACGCUGCCGUGCCGCCUCCGGGUGCUGCCCCGGGAUUACCGCCUCAAGUGGGUGAAGCUGGGCCGCUCGCCCCGGGAGAACAUCGCGCUGAUGGCCGACAGCCGCCGGGAGCGCGCCCGCGGCGCCUUCGCAGCGCGAGCCUCGCUGCCCCGCGCCGACAGGCACGACCUCUCACUGCGCCUGCGCGACCUCCGCCUGGAAGAUUCUGGAAGCUACAAGUGCGAGCUCAUCAACGGCGUCGACGACGACAGUGUCACCGUGGAGCUGCGGCUGGACGGCGUGGUGUUUCCAUACCAAGCAAACAAGGGCCGCUAUCAGUUCACCUAUUACCAGGCCGUGCAGGCAUGCAAAGAGCAGGAUGCCAAGCUUGCCACAUUCCAGCAGCUCUUCGAAGAGUGGCAGAAGGGUCUGGACUGGUGUAAUGCUGGAUGGCUGGAAGAUGGAACAGUUCACUAUCCGGUCGCUGUCCCUCGGGAGCCCUGUGGGGGCAAGAACCUGCCACCAGGAAUCAGGAGUUAUGGAGCCCGGGACAAGCAGCGUGACCGCUUCGAUGCCUUCUGUUUCACCUCCACCUUCAAAGGCUCGGUGUAUUUCCGGAGAGAGUCUGCCAUGUUUGACUACGUUGGGGGCACUAGUGCGUGUCGCCGUGAUGGGGCCACCGUGGCCAAGGUCGGUCAAGUGUACUCAGCCUGGAGGUUCUCUGGGCUGAACCAUUGUGAGCCAGGCUGGCUGGCAGAUGGCAGUGUGCGUUACCCCAUUGUCUCUCCCCGGUCCCGGUGUGGAGGAUCCCAGCCUGGUGUGCGCAGCCUCGGCUUCCCCAGACUCUCCCACCGUGCAUAUGGGGUCUACUGCUACAAACCACGAUGAGCUCUCCCCCAUCCCCAAAACCACCCCACCCCACUGCCACCUUCACCACACAUCCUCUCAACCAUCCCCCCUCAUUCCUUCCCUCACUGUUCAACAGACUUGAGAGAGGCUGACAACUUUCCACCUAUUGCUGUGUAACAAGCGUGAGGAUGGAGCUGAAUGGUCUCCAGUUCCUGCAUAACAGGCUCGAGGAGCGGGCUGAAUGGCCGCCUCCAGUUCCUGUGCAACAUGGCUCGAGGAGGGAGUUGAAUGGCCUCCUGUUCCUCUGUAACAGGCUCGAGGAGGGGACUGAAUGGCCUCCUGUUUCUUUGUCACAGACCCGAGGGUGGGGCUGAAUAGCCUUCUCCUGUUCUUCGUUUCCGUGUGUCUCUGUACCAGACCCCUUCAUCCAGACGGGGGAAUGGAUAAAGACAACAGUCAUUGAUAAGUUCAUUUUGGGGAACUCGGGAGAAAUAUCAUCAUGCAGAGAACGGGGGGAAUGUGAAACUACACUUCAAUGGAUUGAAUCAACUGACGCUUUGAAAGAGAGGAAGACGAGCAGAUGUGGGAAUGAUGACAGCUGGGGGAAUGUUGAAGAUGAUGUUGAGUGGCUGAGAGGAGAUAGGUGGAAUUGAAGGCGAUCUGCGUGCAUCACUGACAUGCCAAAUGGCGUUUCCUGCACUUGGAUACAACUUCUUCACUCUGUACUAAUGUAACUGCUGUUGCCUCCUGCUGGCCUAAUGUAUAAUGGUGACCAUCCAGAGCUAAGCUACUAGACUCUGUUGUUUCUAAUAUUUAUUAGUGGGGACGCAACUGGAACAGCAACUUCUAAAUAGGUUAUAAAGCACUUCCUGCUAGCAUUAGCUAUGUUUUCACUGAUGAUCAUUUAAUAGCCACUUAGAGACACUAAUCAUCUGUAUCGUAAACCCUCAGUGGUUGGACUUUGGAAGUGAUUUGUGUUCUCCCUUGCUGCUAAUACAUAUUUUUGCAAGAUGCUGUGGAAUUAAAAUGGAAUUGUGAAUUUGUAAA